AGACGCAACGAGCUGUAUAGUCGUAUCCGCACCGUUGUUGCUGGGACCAAAUCCACUGCAACGGUGCAAUUCUGCUCGGGCAUAGAGAUGAAAGGAGUCUUCCUCAUAGUUGGGAAGAUGACUAUUCUCAUUCUAAUAGUCUUGUACCUUGCAGCAUCCAUUUCCUAUGCGCAGCAAGACCACGAAUCUUCAUCUUCUUCAGAAACAAAGUCGCAAAGGAGAGUGAUAGACGUGAAAGGUGGACCGGAAUCAGUAGUAUGGGUGGUGCAGCUCUCCGAUCUCCAUUUCAGCGUGCACCAUCCUGAUAGAGCCGUUGACUUCAGAGACCUUGUGGGUCCGGCUCUCUCCAUCAUCAACCCUUCUCUUGUCCUCAUCACCGGUGAUCUCACAGAUGGCAAAAGCAAGGACUUGUUAACAAUGAAGCAGAAUGAGGAUGAAUGGGUUGAAUACAAGAAUGUAAUGGACGAUGUUGUGAAAAGGAGUGGACUUGACAAGAGCAUCUUCUAUGAUCUUAGAGGGAAUCAUGACAAUUUUGGUGUACCCCUUGUUGGUGGUUCAUUUGAUUUCUACUCCAAGUACAGCAUCAAUGGGCAGUUGGGAAGAAAUGGGCAUGUCAAUAGUGUCACUCUUCAGAUUGGUGAGCAGAAACAUCUGUUUGUAGGUUUGGAUAGCACAAUGUCAGUUGGUUUACGAGGUCCAACUAAUCUUUUUGGACAUCCAACCGAGCAACUAUUAACUGAAAUAGAUUCAGAGCUAUCACAGUGGAAUUCUGAAUUGUAUAAACCAAUCAGCAAGAUUUCCUUUGGGCAUUUCCCCCUUUCAUUCUCAGCAUCCUCUCACUCUGGGAAGAGCUUGAAAGAUGUUUUCCUCAAGCAUUCUCUUUCAGCCUAUCUGUGUGGGCAUCUUCAUACAAGAUUUGGAAAGAACUUAAAAAGGCACCACCAGUUGAGUCAUCAUUUUCUAUCCUUUCAGAAGUUUUUCCAGUUUAACAUACAUAAAAUACCCUCAGAAAGCAGUAAAAACUGUUCUUUUGGAGCUCCUUCAGUUGACGAAUUCUGGGAAUGGGAGAUGGGUGACUGGAGAAAGAGUAGAGCCAUGCGCAUUCUGGCUAUUGAUAGAAACCAUGUUUCAUUUGUUGAUAUUGAUUUCAAGUCAGGUGCCAAGAAAACUAUCAUAUUGCCAACAUUUCCUCUGGACUCACGUUUCAUGUCAACAUCUUCAUCCAAUCACGACUACGAAUGUGAAUAUAUGCUUCCAUCAUCUUAUGAUACAGUGAGAGCUUUGGUGUUUUCUGUUUCUCCAAUUGCGUCAGUUGUGGCUAAGAUCUUUGAUUCAAGACAUGGACAUUUUGAUAUUGUCAUGGAAGCACCAAUGAGCAAGCAUAAAGAUGGUGCCUCUAGGGGAGAUCUUUAUACGGUUCCUUGGAAUUAUAAAGCAUUUGAGGACCCAUCUGCUGAUAGAUUCUGGCUGCAAAUAGAAGCAACUGACAUCAUGGGCAGAACGACUUUGACUGAACUAAGACCUUUUGCUGUUAAUGGCCUAGGUGCCAGAGUCUCGUGGACAUGGAAGGAGUUUUUUGUCAUGGGUUGUCAGUGGGCUGCCUUAUAUUACCCAAUUCUUUGGUUGGUUUUUUAUGUACUACUCUUUCUGCUUCUCAUUCCGAAAGCUUUUCUUCUUUUUUCAAGGAGGCAAUACACAUUCAAGAAUUUUAUUGCUGAGAAAGGCUUCAUAUAUACCAUAGUUUGGCUUUUGCAAGAACUCUGCAGGGUUCCUAUAUUGUGGUUUGGAUUUUUGGGAUACUUAGUCCACCUUAUGUUGUUUCCUUGGAUGGUUGGAAAGGUUUUUACAGACGGUGUGGACUGGGGGUACAUGACUUAUGUGGGAUGGGUGGUGAAGUCCUCCAGUGGUCAGGGAAAACAUGAAUAUAUUGGAUCUCCUGAUAUCAUGGUGGUUGUUCUUCCUCAUCUCCUUCUUAUAUUUUUACCUGCUAUGUUAGUCACAGGGGCCUUGACUGCUGAGAGAGGAGCCCAUAGGCAUCAUUUUCUGUCACUUUCAGCCAAGAAAGAAGAUGACUAUGAUAGUCAAACUAAGGUCUCUGCCAAAUUAAAUUACGAGUGGAGUAAAAGAUCAAAGUUCCAUUUUCGUGAGCGAUGGAUCCGGAAAAUCCUCUUGGUUCUUUGCCUGGCUAUUUGUUGGGUACAUUUCAAGAAAUGCUUAGCACUCAUGAAAGCUUAUGAGAUGAACCCAUUAUAUUUUCCGGGGUAUAGCCUUGGUAUUCCAUUAUUGUUAUUUUAUGCCAUCUACAACACUAAGAAGGCUUAACCAGAGAACGGUUGGUUCACUCACUCUUCUCCAAGCAGUUUGCUGAUGCUAUUCUGGAAGCAACUUUCUAUACUUGAUAUGGAAGUGUCAUGACACUAGUAAUG